GGUCACACUGCAGCGGGGCGUAAAUCAAGAAAAAUUGUGACAGACUUUUCUGUUAUUGUAAUAUAACUACAUUUAGUUUAUUGAAAUGUCGCAAAACAAGCAAAUACAACCCAAAUUCUUGUCUGCAAUACCAAGUAAACCAAACAACAGCAGCACAGGUGGAAAUCCAUUCGAGACAGACGAUGAAGAGGAAGAGAUAUUUAGCAAACUAAAAUUGCCAUUGCGAUUGCCAAGCAAUUUCGCCGAUGCACAUAUAGAACAUUUAAUUGUGUGCAAAAAUUGGUUGCUAUGUGUAUUAGCCACACAGGAGAAGUUGACACUUUUGCGUUUCUUUCUACCACGAGCGAUACCUCCAGGCGAGGUUGCUUUGGAUAAAUAUACAAGUGGGUAUAAGAUAGGAAAGCUCUUUCUUGAUCGGACCGGUCAUCAUGUGAUUAUAUCGCUUGUACCCAAGGCAACUGGCGUUUCGGCAGAUUUUCUAUACAUUCACUGCUCGGAGACACCCAAGGCACAGCAAUUGAAAGUGCGUCGCAUUGAAAAGUUUAAGGAUCAUGAGAUAACAGCAGUUGCCUUCAAUACCUAUUAUGGCGAUGAGACCACAACAGGCACAAUACUCUUCGGCACUAGUCGUGGCCUCAUCUUUGAGACAGAACUGGGCGCUUCAAUAGACAUGCCGCGCAAGCAGCUCUACGAUUUAUGCCAAAGCAGAAUAACUGGCUUGGAGAUACUGCGCGUACCCAAUAGCAAUCGUUGGAUAGUUGUAGCCAGUACACCUGACGGUAUACAUGCUUUUCAGGAUGUACUAAGGCCAGAGGAAAGAUCGCUACAUUCCAUAUUUUCCAGCUAUGGAGCUUUUGCGGAAAAACAAAAAACCGAUUUAAAUUAUUCUCUGCUGCGUUUCUUUGCGCCACCCAAUAGCAAAUAUCCCAAGCAGUGGGCUUGGCUUAGCGGCGCUGGUCUACGCACUGGCGAGCUUUCAAUUGAUAUUGGCAGCACGGCAACAUUGCUGGGUGACACGCUGAUUAAGCUGGACUUUGAGAAGGGCAAGCUUUUGUCCUUUGACGAGCGUCGCACCAGUGUUGUCAAAUCCUUUGUACUCACCGAAUAUCAUGCUGUGCUGCUCUAUGCGGAUCAUAUAAAGGCUAUUUGCUUGCUUAACCAAGAGCUGGUCUAUCAUGAAGUAUUCGAUGAGUCACGCCUGGGUAAGCUGCAGAACAUCGAGCGCGAUGCCUUUACUGGCACCAUCUACGUCUAUACCGAUCGGAUUGUGUUUACAUUGAGAAUCACGCGCGAGGAGCGUAAUAUCUGGCGCAUUUAUUUAGACCGUGGACAGUACGAAUUGGCUACGGCUCAUGCAGCGUCCAAUGCUGAUAAUCUGCAAAUGGUUUUAACGCAACGAGCGAAUGCAGCAUUCCGCGAAGGCGCCUUCGAAGUGGCAGCCAACUAUUAUGCCGAAACGGAGGAAUCAUUUGAAGCCAUUUGCCUUAAGUUUAUGGCACUCAAUGAUAAACGUCCCAUUGUUAACUAUGUGAAGAAGCGUUUGACACGUCUUACAAUGAGCGAAGACAGUACGCCGGAAGCUAUAAAGUCCUUGAUUAUCUGGCUUAUAGAUUUGUAUCUAAUACAAAUCAAUUUGCCCGAACAGAGCGAGGCCAGGCGACAUGAAUGGCAAGCCGAAUACGAUGAGUUUAUGCGUGAGCCUUAUGUAUUGUCCUGCACGAGUCAACAUCGCAACGCUGUGCAGCAGCUAAUAACGCAGCAUGCGGAUUCGCACAAUCUGGCGCAGUUUGCCAUCUCGAUAUGCGACUUUGAGCAGGUGAUUGGCCAGCAGCUGAAGGCUAGCCGCUAUGCUGAGGCCUUGCAAACACUCGCCAAGCAGACGGACCUAAGUCUGUACUACAAGUAUGCGCCGAAGCUGAUUGAACAUCUGCCAAAGGCUACAGUUGAAGCGCUAAUGGCAAUGGGCUCUAAAUUGGAUCUGGAAAAGCUAGUGCCGACUCUUAUCAUAAUGGAUACAGCAGAUCAGCGCAAGCAUGUCAUACGUUAUCUUGAGUUUGCUGUUUACAAACUUAAUUCAAGCAAUGAGAUCAUACACAACUUUCUGCUGCAUCUCUAUGCACAGUAUGAGCCCAAGCUGCUGAUGAAGUAUCUCGAGAUUCAAGGCCGCGACGAUACUUUGGUGCACUAUGACAUACACUAUGCACUAAAAGUAUGCACCGAGCUCGAUGUAAAAGAUGCCUGCGUUUUUCUGCAGUGCUUGCUUUGCAUGUGGACAACAGCUGUGGACUUGGCGCUUCAGUUUGAUAUGCAGCUGGCAAAGGAGACUGCAUCGAAGCCACAGGAUACAACAAUGCGACGAAAGCUCUGGCUACGCAUUGCAUAUCAUGACAUUAAGGGCACAAAUGAUGUAAAGCGCGCGCUAAAUCUAUUGAAGGAAUGCGAUCUGCUGCGCAUCGAGGAUCUCUUGCCAUUCUUUUCUGAUUUUGAAAAGAUUGAUAAUUUUAAGGAAGCAAUCUGUGAUGCACUCAAAGACUACAACCAGCGCAUACAGGAGCUGCAACGCGAAAUGGCCGAGACGCGGGAACAAUCGCUUAAUGUUACCAAAGAGCUGCGAACGCUGCGCACGCACAACGUUCGUCUGCAGGCAAAUGAAGUGUGUGAUAUCUGUGACAUGACGUUGCUAGUGAAGCCAUUCUUUAUAUUCAUUUGUGGGCACAAGUAUCAUAGUGACUGCCUGGAGAAACAACUUGUGCCUAUGCUGAGCAAGGAUCGCAGUCGACUGCUCAGCAUGCUCAAGCAACAACUGGAGGCGGUAAUGACACAACCAACAACGAGCAAAGCAGCUGAACCAGAGAAGGAUCGUCUCGAUAUUAAAGCUGAGAUUGAAAAUAUACUAGCGUCCGAUUGCCUGUACUGCAGUCAUAUGAUAGAAACCAUAGACCAGCCGUUUGUCGACGACUGGGAUCAAGUGAACGUCGAGUGGGAAUAGCAUAGCAUAUAUACAUUUAUUUAUAAAUCUUUGUACAUACAUAUUAUCUAAGUACCCCAAUUGCUUAAUGUAACAAUAUAUUUAAUCAACAA